CUUUCAUUCUACGUUUCUUACUCAUUCACAAAAAAACAUAUUUCAAUCUGCAAAUUUCUUCUUAAGUGUUACAUUCUCCUUUGUUAGGUAGUUGAGAGAAAAAAGAAACAAGAGAAAAAAAUGUUGGCAAUAUUCAACAAGAAUUUGGUGGAUCCACCAAAGGAGCUAAACAGCCCAACUUCACAUCCAACUGGGUCGGGUAACAAAUCCAAAUACCCUCAAGAUAUUGUGAAGACAUUUCAGCAAGCUUAUUCCCAUAAUACCCCUCUUUCUAUUGGCUUUGGUAAUUCUGCUUUUCUAGCUUAUUCUUCUUCCAAGGGACCUCAAAUCCACCAAAACAGGUCGUUUUGUGGAGUGGACAACAUGUACUGCAUAUUCUUAGGGAACUUGUACAACUUGAAUGCCUUAAAUAAGCAGUAUGGUCUAGGGAGGGCUACCAACGAAGCAAUGUUUGUUACCGAAGCUUACCGGACCCUCCGAGACCGCGGUCCGUACCCGGCUGAUCAGGUUCUUAAGGAUCUUGAAGGCUGCUUUGGGUUUGUCAUCUUUGAUCAAAAUGCUGGCACUGUCUUUGCUGCUCUGGGAGCAGAUCAAAGAGUGCAACUUUUCUGGGGCGUUGCUGCUGAUGGGUCUGUGGUCAUUUCUGAUAAUUUGGAUGUCAUCAAAGCAAGCUGCGCUAAAUCAUUUGCACCUUUUCCAUCUGGAUGUAUGUUCCAUAGUGAAGUAGGGCUAAUGAGCUUUGAGCAUCCAAAGAAUAAAAUGAAGGCAAUGCCAAGAAUAGACAGUGAAGGUGCAAUGUGUGGAGCUAAUUUUAAGGUUGAUGUUAACUCCAAAAAGACUACUAUGCCUCGGGUGGGAAGUGAAGCUAAUUGGGCUCUUUGUGGGUCUCAAACUUGAUAACUUUUCAAACUAAAAUGGAAUCCUUUUUUAUUUCUCCUUAUCUCUAGUAACGUUAUGUACGAUUUACUUACACUUUUUAAGUUAUGGACAAUGGCAAAUGUAAGCAUGAGUAUAUUUCUUUCAAUCUUGAGUAUUGUAUU